AACUUCCUUUUUCACAAACUGAAGACGGUCUGCUUCUUGUCCACGAGUGGAAACGUUUUAACGCUUAAAAUAGAUUCCUUUAGACUGGCCAGAAAGGAUAAGUCGCCUUAAACAUUUGAGAAUAAAAUGGGGAAAACGUCAAGAAAGGAGAGUGAAACUCCAUGCAAGGAAACGUUUGAGCCAUUUUCUGUGGAGGUUAAAACCCAAGCAACGGCAGUGUCGCUGUUAAACUCCCCAGAGGAGGACAUAAUAGUGAAAGCAUGUGAAGCAAUCCGCACCUUUGCAGAGAAAGGAGAUGAGAAUAAGGUUUCUCUGCUGGGGCUUGGGGCCUUGGAGCCCCUCUGCAGGCUCAUAAAUCACAACAACAGAGUGAUCAGAGGCAAUGCCUUCACAGCCCUGGGCAUCAUGGCUACCAAUGGAGAUGUAAGCAGUGUAUUAAAAAAACUAAAUAUCAUUCCAUCAGUUAUAGAAAAACUCACACUUGAUGAGGAUACAGUGAUCCACGAGUAUGCAACACUGUGCCUCACCACUCUGUCAGUGGAUUUCGUAGGCAAGGCUCAGAUCUUUGAGAACAACGGCCUGCCACCUCUAAUUGUGCUCCUAUCCAGCUCAGACCCAGAUGUCAAGAAGAACUCACUACAGGUCAUCUUCAACUUGGUUCAGGACUACAAAAGCCGCCAGGCGGUACAUACGUUAGGUGGGAUUCCUCCACUUUUGGAGCUGCUGAAGUCCGACUUCCCUGUCAUUCAGCAUCUGGCUUUAAAUACGCUGCAGAGUGUCACUACUGAUAAGGAUACACGCAGUACCUUCAGGAAUGAGCAUGGGUUUGAAAAGCUGAUGGAUAUCCUUAAAAACACGAAACUUACUGACUUACAUGCUGAAGCUUUACAAGUAAUGGCUAACUGUUUGAGUGACAGUGAGACUGUUCAGCUAAUUCACAGUAACGGAGGACUGGCCAGGCUGCUGGAGUUCAUCCUCACUCCCAGCAGUCCAGAAAUCAAGUGCAUUACAAUUAAAUGCCUCACCAGGGUGGCUCAGAACUCUGAGAGCCGAAAAGUCCUCCACGAGCAGGAUGUGGAGAAGGUUUUAGUGGGGCUUCUGUCUGUGGAGGACACCAUCGUGAAAGCAUUAGUCUGUCAGGCUGUGGCCGCCAUGGGACUCCAUCCAUCCAGCAGAGACAGCUUCAGAGACUUGGGUUGUAUUCCUGCAAUGGUGGAGUUGCUGAGCAGUAAGAACCUUGCACUAAGAGAAGCUGCAUCCCAGGCUCUCUCUAGUCUCACAGUUAACAACCAGCCCAAUGCCUUUGCGGUGUAUACGGCAGGGGGGCAUAAGAUCCUUGUCCGGCUGCUGAAUGGAAGCUGUUCAAAGACGGUGGCCAGUUCUGCUGCCACACUUUGCCUCAUGGCAGGAGAGGUGGUCAUUCGAUCCAGCAUCUUGUCACACAAAGGCAUGGAGGCUUUGGUUGAACCGCUGAAGUCCAAAGAUCCUCAGGUCCUGGUCAACUCGAUGCAGUGUGUGACAGUCCUGGCCUGCGAUAAAGAAGCCAGGACACAGUUUCGGCAAGCUGGGGGUCUGCAGCUGUUGGUGAAUUUGCUACAAACUAAAGACAAGGACGUGCUGCACAAUGCAUGCUUGGCUGUGAAUGUGUUGGCCAGCGAUAAGCCCUCUUCAGUGGAAAUGUGCAGAAUUGGAGCUCUGGAAAUGCUUGAGGAAAUCAAACAUUCAGAAAAUCACAGAAACCGUUUCAGCGAGCUGGCCAUGAUCAGCCUGCUCAACUGCAACUUAUCUGUUAAAUACAGCCUGAUGGGUCAUUUAUCUCCCACUGAUAUGAUUACUGGUGGAUUCUACGAUGCUGGGAAGGCUUGCUCUGGUCAGAUGAUUCCGACUCUAGAGGAACUGUUUAAGCAGCCAGUCAACUAUCAUCGGCCCAUCAUCUUUGCUGACAGUGCAGCGGAGAAGAAGAAAGAGAAGGUUAAACACACAGAUGAGCCCCACUUUGAGUCCACAGUGGUGAAACCACAGGGCAUGAUUGAUGACGUUUCUCUGCAGAUGCUAGUUAAAAAAGCCAAAGAAUCCAUCUUCCCCCUGAAGGACGAUAAAGAGCAGUAUUCAGCUCUAGCCAGGGUGGUGAGUGAUGCCAUGGGCGGUGCGGUGGGAAUGGAAAAGCUGCAUGAAUUCCCAUGGGAGCUGCAUCUCAGCGAGCUAAAGGUUCUGCUGAAGUCUAAUGUUAUUCCCAUCGGUUCGAUCAACAAGGGCUUCUACUGCCACAGAGCUCUGCUGUUCAAGUAUCUUGCUGACUGCAUCGAAAUGAGCUGCUCCCUUGUUAGGGGCGAGUACAACCGGGCCUGGAAUGAAGUGGUCCUGUUCAGGGAGAAUCCCACCAACCGGAGCCCAUCCCAGCCGUGCCACUACAUAGUAGACCUGAUGCACCAGCCUGGUGCCCUGCUGGGAGUUGAUACCCUAGCUGCUCUGCAGUAUCAGACUAAAUAGGCUGUUUGAGUUUACUACAGUUUGUGUGUGAGAUACAUGUUUGAGCUUUAAACCAAAGAAUAAGUUAUUUGCAUGCACAAGCCAAAGGAGGAAAAAGUCUGAUUGUUGCAUGAAACAUUUGAACACAUAUUUAUUAUCUGUUGGGUUAGAUAGACUAAAAGGUUCUUUAAAUUAUUUCUCAUUGACAAUAGUUGGGAUUGAACCCAGCUGAUGUGUUCUAGUCAAAUUUGACCAUUUUAUGUGAAACUGAUUUAUUAAAUAAACUUCAGCAAACGGACUCAUGAUUUAUUCUAGUCUCGAGGGGCACACGUGUUCUGACGAAUUCCCUCCUUGGUUUUCUUUUCUAUUCAUGACAGAUUGCACUUUGCUCCUUUCCCAACAAUAAAAAACGGUGACACCUUUGACCUA